UUCUCCAUAAUCUCUUCCAUAACUAAUUAUUCUGUUUCUUUUUCUUCUUCUUCUUCUUCUUCUUUUGCUCCAUUUCUGUGGCUUCCUGCACAUUGUUUGAAAGUGGUGGAAGAAGGCAGUGUGGAGCUGUAGGGGAGGAGAUAGAGAUGUCUGGUUUAGGAGGUAAUGGAAGCAACAUAACUGGAAAUGUAUCAAUUUCGGAUACAAAAGGUAGAGAUGGAAUAGUGGUAUGUUAUGCACCAAACAUGAUCAGAACAAGCGGUGUCUUACAAGGUGACAAUCCACUCGACUUCUCUCUCCCACUCUUCAUCUUGCAGGUCACCGUCAUCGUCCUUAUCACUCGUUGUCUUGUAUUCAUCCUUAAACCAUUGCGCCAGCCCCGUGUGGUCUCAGAAAUUAUUGGUGGUGUAUUGCUGGGUCCAUCAGUUUUGGGAAGGAGCAAGCAGUUUGCAGAGACCCUUUUCCCAUUGAGGAGUACGAUGAUAUUGGAGACUAUGUCCCAUAUAGGUCUCCUCUACUUCUUGUUCCUCGUAGGUGUUGAAAUGGACUUAACUGUGAUCAAGAGAACAGGAAAGAAGGCAUUCACAAUUGCCAUAUCCGGCUUGAUCUUGCCAUUCAUCAUUGGUGCUUCUUAUGCCAUAAUCCUUGGGCGAAUGGAGGAAGAGGUUGCAAUUAACAAGAACACUCCUAAUCAAGGUAAGGUCUUCUUCCUCUUCUCCGGUGUGGCCCUCUCCGUCACGGCUUUCCCGGUGCUAGCACGUAUCCUUGCAGAGCUCAAGCUCCUUAGUACAGAGCUAGGAAAGGUGGCCAUGUCGGCGGCUCUUGUGAAUGACAUUUUGGCUUGGACCCUUCUUUCCCUUAGCAUUGCACUUGGAGAGAACAGAAAAGUAUCAUUAGCUUCUCUUUGGGUUAUCCUCUCCACCAUUGGCUUUGUUUUGUUUUGCAUCUUCGUAGUCCGACCGGCGAUUCGAUGGAUUAUACGGCGUACUCCAGAGGGAGAGAGCUUCAAUGAGUUCUACAUAAGCUUGAUCCUCACAGGAGUCAUGGUGUGUGGUUUUAUUACAGACACCAUUGGGUCACACUCCAUUGUUGGUGCCUUUGUGUUUGGGCUUAUCAUACCAAAUGGUCCACUUGGGACUCAACUGUUAGAGAAGCUUGAAGAUUUUGUGUCUGGGCUGUUGAUUCCUCUCUUCUUUACCAUGAGUGGACUUAGAACAAAGAUGGGAGACGUUGGAGCUCCAGAAUGGGGAUAUGCCUUCUUCACAUUUAUCUUGGCCAGUCUAGGCAAGGUUGGUGGCACACUUCUUAUCUGCCUCUACUAUAAGAUGCAAAUCAGUGAAGGACUCACUUUGGGUCUCCUCAUGAACACCAAAGGACUCAUAGAGAUAAUUGUUCUCAACGUCGGGCGUGACCAAGAGGUUAUGGACGACAAUGCAUUUGCUCUAUUGGUGCUGAUGACAACGUUGAUGACAAGCAUCAUCAUGCCGAUCGUUCAUGAAUUUUACCGGCCGGCGAGACGUUACGUGCCUUACAAGCUUCGAACGCUGCAAUCAUCGAAGCCCGACUCAGAACUUCGAAUCCUGGCAUGCGUCCACACCCCUCGCAAUGUCCCCACCAUCAUCAGCCUCCUUGAAGCCUCCCACCCUACUAAGAAGUCUCCCAUCUCUGUCUAUGCCCUCCACCUAGUGGAACUCACAGGCAGGGCCUCUGCCAUGCUUAUCGUCCAUGAAAAUCACAACUCAGGUCGACCCGCAGUAAACCGAACCCAAGCUCAAUCGGAUCACAUCAUCAAUGCCUUCGAGAACUAUGAGCAGCAUAUGGGUGGUGUCUCAGUGAAGCCCCUUACAGCUAUCUCACCCUACUCUACUAUGCACGAAGACAUCUGCAACCUAGCUGAGGACAAACGUGUGGCCUUCAUCCUUGUCCCUUUCCAUAAGCAACAAACAGUGGAUGGUGGCAUGGAAGCCACCAAUCCUGCUUUUCGAGCAGUGAACCAAAAUGUCUUGGCUAAUGCACCUUGCUCGGUCGGCAUUCUCGUCGACCGAGGCCUUGGUGGGGGUUCACGUGUGGCAUCAAGUCACACAACCCACCAUAUCGCGGUCCUCUUUUUCGGAGGACCCGAUGAUAGAGAAGCAUUAUCUUAUGCUCGGAGGAUGUCGGAGCACCCAGAAGUGAAUAUCACGGUGCUCCACUUCAUAGCAGGAGAUAAUGCAGUAGAGCCUGUGAUACCAUCCAAUGACAGAAAUGAUAUAAAGAUCUUGAAUGUAAUUACAGACAACGAUAGAGAGAAGCUUCAAGAUGAUCAUUUCAUAAACGAGUUUCGUAUGAAAAACAUUAACUCUGAUUCUAUUGUGUAUAGAGAGAUGGUGGUGAACAAUGGGGAGGAGACGGUGGCGGUAAUACGGUCAAUGGAUAACAUCUAUGAUCUGUUCAUUGUUGGGAGGGGACAAGGGAUGAUAUCGCCUUUGACGGCUGGAUUGACAGAUUGGAGUGAGUGUCCAGAGUUGGGAGCGAUCGGGGAUUUGUUAUCGUCGUCGGAUUUUGCAGCAACAGUAUCAGUGUUGGUAGUGCAACAAUAUGUUGAUAAUGAGCUUGACACGCUUUAUAGCCCGGGACAACAUGGAGAUGAUGAUGAGUUCAACAUGCAUGUUGUAAAUCAAUGGACGCAGUCGGGUCAAGGACAUGGCCAUGGUGGUGGAGGAGAGAUUCAACUAGGGAAUAUGAACCUGAGAAGCAAAAAAAAUGGGUGGUGAUGAACAAAUUACAAAAGGCUAUCUCAGUUGGUUUUCUUUUUGUUUAUCUAUAAAUUCAUUCAAAAGGUAUGGGUGGACGGAAUUACAAGGUUACAUAUUCGAACGAAACUUGACUGUUGCCUAGGUUGCAGCCUGAUAACCACCAGAGGAAUGGAAUCUCAAGGGUAAAGGUAAAAAAAUUCAUCAUAAGAGAAUAUUGUCAAAUCUACCCCUGAAAUUCCAUUUCUUUGACUGUUAUCAGGGAUUAUAGGUACUCGGGCAGUAGCCAAAUUUUUUCUCCACAUAUCAAAGAAUUUUGACUUGGUAAGAGUUUUUUUUUUUUUUUUUUUUUUUUUUGGGUUACACUUGGUUUCUCAUGUACAUGUAAUGUGAUGCUAUAUAUACCUCCCCAUAUACAUGUUGUUCUUGGUAUAUCAUCAUCAUAACCCUGUUUCUCUC